CUAUAGUACUCUCUGCGAGGUACUCGAUUCACAGUCUUUUCUUAUACCCAACAUUUCACAUUAAGAUACACAUUUGAAAGCAUUUUACAUCAUGGUUUUCAGCGUUUACAAGGCAGCCACGGCGCUGUUGUUAGCAGGAUCGAUCGGUGCAGAGGCGGCGAGCGUUGCGGCUCGUACUCCUACGGCCAACGACAGGGUGUUGCGUGCGGGAACGAAGAGGUCCGCUCAUAAGCGAUCAACGAAGAUCGAGCCGACAUUCGCACUCGACCUCCCUUACAUCGAAGAGCCCACAAGAUACAACGGCCACUCCAUCUUCGCUUCGAACUUGAAGGUCGCUUCUAAAAAGCCAAUUCUCAACUUGGAAGACAUUGAACACCACCUUGAGGAUGUGCAGUGUGUCAAUGGAAAGGUCACACUGAAGUUCGCCGAUACUUCUUCGGCUAUUGAUGCUCGGUUGGCGUGCCACGGUCCUGAGGGGGGUAUCAUUGUCACUUCGCACCUUGGCUGCAACCCGGCAGGCGAGCGAUCAGUUUACACUGUCCACGGUGCUUCGGCAAGUGGCGACGGAUCGACCCUUGAACUCGACGUAAUGGAGUCCCUGUUCGAGCAUGCUUUUGACCGCAUCGAGGUUGGCUUUGGCCAUACUGAGGAGCACCACUCUAUCCGCGAGCACACCGAUCUCAAGAUCCGCAAACGUCAGUUGGCCAGGCUAGAGGGCGCGAUAGGCACCGCUGAGACUGUUGCGGCGGACGCUGAGAUGGCCGAGGGCAUGGCAGCGGGCGCGAAGAACGCCACUGAGGUUCUAGGCGAGGUUCCUGAAGAUUCGGACCCCAAUGUCCACGAUGCCAAGUUCGACCUCAAGUGGGAAGUGACCAACAAGACCUUCAAGCCCGAUGAGUUCCUUGCCGGUCUUCCCGUUGGCUUCACUCUCACCAACAUGGCCAACCUCCCCCUCGAGCUCACCUGCAAGAAGUGCUUGACCAGGGGUGAGAUAAUCCUCUCGCAAGGUAACAUCGAGAUCGACACUGCAGCCCUCAAGGCCAUCCCCGACAAGCUCAAGGAGAUCCCCGGUAUGGUUGCCAGCGCCAUUCCUAGCGCCAUCGCCGAGAUUGGCGAGAAGAUGGACGAGGCCAAGGACAAGCUCGAGAGCAAGGUCGAUCAAGCUGCCGACAAGGUCACCAGCAAGGUCGGCGAGGCUGUGGAUAAGGUCACCAGCAUUAUCGACGCUGUUCCUUCCAAAGUUGAGAGCGUUGCUGAGACUGCUGUCGCCGCCAUCACCAGCAUUGCCGGCGCCGUUGAAUCCAAGGCCGAAAGCAUCAUCAACAACAUCCCCAUCCCUACCAAGCUUCCUGACAUUGACCUAAACCCCUUUGACCGCCGCACCAAGAUGGCCAAGCGCGGCGUCGACUUCGACUUGGGCAAGGUUAUCACUGGCGGUUUCGUCGAGCUCAAGGCCAACGGCCUGGAGGCUUACUUCGAGCUGGGUGCUAAGCCCAAGAGCACUGGAUACUUCACUUUCCGUGUACUUGAGCUCCCCAUCCUUGGUUUCGUUAUCCCUGGUGUUGGACGUGCUGGUGCCGUCUUUGAGGCGCUCCUUGAGGCCGACUACGAGAUGGAGGGUGGUUUCGAGAUGAGCUACGGUAUGAACCUUGAGGUCCCAAGCAACUCCACCAUGCGCAUCGACCUUGGCGACAUGUCCAAGACGGGUGUCAGCGGUUUCCAGGACUCCACGCUGACUCCCCUUCCGUUCAACUUCGAGAAGAAGCAGCUCGACGCUUUCGUCAGUGUUGCCAUGGUUCCGUCCAUCCCCAUUGGUUUCAAAUUCCUUUCCGUCCUUGACGUUGGUGUUGAGGCUGAGCUCGACCUUCCUCGUCUUGAUGCGCUUAUCUCUACGAUUGACGAUGCCGACACUCAGUGCAACGACCUCAGCUACGAGGAUGAGGAGGGAGCCACCGAUGAGACCGAAGAUGGCACCACGGACGAGACCGAAGAUGGAACCACGGACGAGACCGAAGAUGGCACCACCGAUGAGACCGAAGAUGGCACCACCGAUGAGACCGAAGAUGGCACCACAGACGAGACCGAUGACAGCACAACCGAUGAGACCGACGACAGCACAACUGACGAAACUGAAGAUGGCACAACCGAUGAGACUGAGGAUGGCACAACCGAUGAGACCGACGAUGGCACAACCGAUGAGACCGACGAUAGCACCACGGACGAGACCGACGGAUAGCACCACGGACGAGACCGACGAUAGCACCACGGACGAGACCGACGAUAGCACCACGGACGAGACCGAUGAUAGCACGACCGACGAUACUGAAGACACUCCCUCGGCUGACUCGGCUGAGGAGAAGGCUCUGGAUGCCAAGGACGGCUUCACCGCAGGGAAGCGAUCUGUCGCCAAGCGCAACGUCAAGGCUAUCCGUCGCGCAACCAAGGCCCGUCGCGCCCCAGCAUCUCGCCAGGCCACGCAUGCCCGCAACCUCAAACGCCAGAACG